AUGUCAGAUACACGGUCAGUAAUACCAUUGGAAUCAAAUCCAACUAUAUUUUCAGAUCUUGCUCAUAAUGUUGGACUUUCACCAGUGUUAGGAUUCCAUGAUGUUUAUUCAUUAACUGAUCCUGAUUUAUUAGCGUUCUUACCAAAACCUAUAUACGCAUUAGUGUUAUUAUUCCCCUUGACGGCAAAUUAUGAAUCACUUCGAAAAUCAGAGGAUAAACCUAAAAAAGACUAUGAAAAUGAAUUGAUUGAUGAAAUUAAAUGGUUUAAACAAACUAUAGGAAAUGGAUGUGGAUUAUAUGCACUUUUACAUGCUUUAUCUAAUCUACCUAAAGAAUUAAUUAUACAAAAUCUGUUACUUUCAAACUUUCUUAAAAAAGUUAAUAAUCGAUUGUCUAUACAAGAAACUGCCACUUUGGUUGAAAAUUUGGAAAGUUCAAUUAAAUUAGAUGAAAAUUUUGGUGAAAAGGGUCAAACUGAAGCUCCCAGCCCGGAUGCACAAAUAGAUUUGCAUUUUAUAACCUUUGUUAAGGGAAAAAACAAUCACAUAUAUGAACUUGAUGGAAGAAGAAAAGGUCCAAUAGAUUUGGGUUUAACCGAAUUAGAAAGUGUAAUAGAUGAUCCAAAUGUAACAAAAAAAAUUCAAUUUUAUAUGAAUAAUGCUGAUGAAGAAAAUAGAAUCAAGUUCAAUAUUAUGGCAAUUGGUCCUUCCUUUGAUUAA